AUGGAGGGCUGCUGCACUGUGGCCAUCAGCUCAGACCUGAGCUUCUUGUUCCCCACGCUCCUGCAGCUCUCCACCGAGGAGAUCGUGGCUAUCUGGGGUGCCGUGUCCAAUUACAUCCUGGGACAGCUGAAGCUGGACAAGGGUGUCGUGGUGGCGGGACUCGGGACCUUCGCUACGGUCCAAAAGCAUCUCUUCGGCACACAGGAGGCGUUUGUGGUGCGCAGACCCGUAUUCCAGCUGGCCAUCGACACGUUCUGGCUGGAGGGUCUCGAGUGCCCCACAGAAAUUAUCCCUGACGACGUCAAGGUGGAGCCGCUCAACUUCCAGCAGCUCUCGCAAGCCAGCGGCUUCCCACGGUGCCUGGUGGAGAAUUGCGUGCAGGAGACCAUUCUCCUGUACUCCUUCCAGCUGAGGAGUGGGAAGCGCUUCGCCUUCGCCUUCCGGGACAUCGGCGUCCUGGCCUGCAAAGGCAACUUCCUCUGCAUGCAGUUUUAUUACCACUGCAUCACAGGCCUGGAGAGCACUGCCAGCCCAAUUGCGCUGCUUCACAGCAGGCUGUGGAAGCCAGAUCCGACUGUCUCCGGUGCAGCGACCACCGCUCAGGGGGUGCAGGCGAUUCCUGCCAACGCAUUCCCGAGGCUCCAGCCGACCGUGAGCAGCAAAGCGAAGGCCAAGGCUUCCUCCCCCAGCUCCACCCAGCACCAGAAGGCUGUGGAGAAGCGCAGGAUCAGCAGAGAGGGGCAUCCUGGCAAGCUGCUGACGCGGCGGGAGGGGCUUCCCCUGCCUGUGCUGCCCAGCUGGGGAUCAAGACAGCAAGACGUGGAGAAGAAGCCCUCUGUCAUAGUGUACCCCCUGCGUCCAGACAGCUCCCGCAGGAAGAAGGAAGCAGGCAGGCAGGAGCCAGCGCCUCCAGCCAGGCCCACCUCAGCACUCCCAUCCUCUGAAGCCUGCAAGAGAGCGCUGCAGGGCGUCUGGGAGCUGUCUGAGCAGUGGGACAAGGCGGAGCACCUGCGGUCCGGGUACAGGGAUCGGGUACAGAAAGCUCAGGCAGAAUGGGCCACGUGGGAAGCCUGGUCGGCAGGGGAGCACCGGCAGCCGCCCAAGGAGCUCAGCACUAGCGGCCUGUGGGCUCCCCACCCUCCAGCCCAGCCCAGGGGCAAGGAGGACAAGAAGAGGUGGAGGAAGGCUGAAAACGCUCUCCCAGAAGAGGAGAUGGCAUCAGCAGCCCAGCUGAAAAGGCUCCAGCCUGGCAACCUUUCCCCACGAGCCGCCCAGGUCCUGAAAAGGCUGGAGCCGCAUCAAGCACGGCGGGACAUAUUCAGGCAUGUUGUUGAGACCAACAGGCGGAAGCUGGAGCAGCAGCGGCAGCUCCCCUGUGCUCGAUGCUCGUCCUGCAACAGAGGGGAAGGUGCCAGGAGCAGCAGCUGCAGCAGCGGGGCUGCGAGCAAAGGGGCUGGGAGGCUUCCCAGCUGCCAAAAUCCACCUAAAAAAGCAAAAUAA